AUGGCCCUAGGAAACUUGACAAUGUCCACAAAGCCCAUGCUGAAGCCGGGCAAGGGUGAAGUGCUUGUCGAGAUUUGGACUGUUUCGCUCAACUACCGCGACACAGAAGUGUGCAUGGGAACAUAUACACACCACAAGUCGACUGGGGCUACUUCAUCAAUCGCUCAGUGUUCAGAUAUGUGCGGCGUUGUAGUGGAAAUAGGCGAGGGCACGACGAUCUGCGCAUGGAACGUCGGUGACCGCGUCGUGCCGAAUGCAAUCAAACACAUCUCAGUGACAUAUCGCGUCUUCCAUGCCAUUGGACUUGUGAAGCCUCCAGAUUAUUUGAGAACUGGCGGAGUUUCCAUCUGUGGACUGCAAAUUGCGCAUACUGUCGGUGCGACCACAAUCGUAACGUUCUCUUCAGACAGCAAACUGGAGCGAGCCAAAUUGCCCGAUACAGUAAUGCAGAUCACCCAAUAUAAUGGUGCCGAUAUUGUCUUCGAAGCUGAUAUCGAAGCUGGCGACGCUAGAACAUUGCACAAGUCAUUUGACUGUGGAGCCUCUGGCGGUCUGAUUAACGCCAUCGGCUACCUUUCCGGCAAGGAAGAUGAUCCGGGGAAUCGGGUCAAUGCUAAUGUCCUGGCGAUCAAGAAGGACGCUACCUUGAAGGGCAUUCUAGGUGGUCCAAAAGAUAGAUUCGAAGAGGCAUUAAAUUUCUGGAUGGCUUCGGUGUUGGCUUUGGGACCUGCGAGGGGCAAGUACUUUCAACGAUCUGACGGCAAAGAAUUGUCAUUGUGA